AUGCCUCCUUACAAAAUUUCCCCACCGAUCAACUGCGAUUUGGACUUCAGUCGAGAUGGCGUGAUUGGUAAAUUAGCUAUCAUUACUGGAGGAGCCAGCGGUAUCGGAGAAGCAUACGUCCGCCUCUUCAAGGAAGCGUCUCAGUUUUCACCUUCUGGUAAAAUCCAUUAUGUGAUAGCUAAUGCUGGUUUCACGAAAGCCGACCGGACCUUCACAUUUGAUGGCCCUGGAAAUGAGCCCGAGAAGCCAGACUUGCGCAUCAUUGACGUGAACCUCAAGGGGGCCCUAUAUACGGCAAAACUCGCCAUGCACUACUUCAUAUCACAGAACGGAACGGAGCCUCAGUCUGACCAAGAAGACACAUGCUUGGUCUUCAUAAGCUCCGGCGCUGGUUUUCUUGACGUUCCCAGAUCCCCAGAGUAUAGCAGCACCAAUCGAGUCAAUGUGAUCGCACCUUGGUAUAUCCGCACGAGUAUCUUGUCUCAAGAGCAGUUUGACAAAGUGGAAAAGUCAGGCGUUGAGUUCGCAACGGCAAAGGACGCCGGUGAAUGUGCGUUGAGGGUCUUGAGCGACACCAGUAUCAACGGGCGAACUCUGUUUGUUUGUGCACGAAAAUGGGCUCCCCGGGGGUACAUCGACCUGCAUAUUGAAGAUUAUCCUGAGAGCUCGUUGCUGCAGGAGAUGCAAGAGGACCAGAUGAGAAAUGCGCCCGUUGAGCUGGGGCUAUUUCCAUGA